AUGAAGCUUUACACAGACCUAGGCAAUUUCCAAACACUGAAGGUACUGCUAGCGGCAAGAUUAUCUGGCCACUCCAUCCAGCUUGUGGAAGUGAAGAAAGGAGAUAUAGUUGUGCCAUAUUUUACAAAGUCCAAGUUACCAGUGCUAGAACUAGAGGAUGGAAAAUAUCUGUUCUCUGCAAACACAGCAGCAAAAUACUUUUAUUUGAAGACAAACAAAGUUACAGAUGAAGAUGCGGAGAACAUACUGUUGGACUGGGAAUUUACACAGUUGUUGCCCACAGUUGUGACCUACUUGCUAGGGGUGUCAGGUCAUGAGAAGAAGACCAACAUAUUGGCAGAUCAGCUUGCAAAUCUUUUGCUGGAGGUUGAUGGCAAGCUGUCAAAGACCACAUUUCUACUAGGACAUCAGAUGACCGCUAGUGAUGUUUGUAUCUUCAGUACCAUAUAUCCAUUGCUGGGUUUGAAACUGCAAGAUCUGAUUCAAAAUCUGGCCAACAUGAAACGGUGGACCGCUGACAUCCUUGCCUUGGAGACUGUCAGUACAGCAAUCAAAGAUCUGUGUGGUGACAAGGGAGCUGAGAUUUUUAGGGUAAA